CGCCCAGCACACCUAUGCUUCCCGCUGGCGGGUGCGGGUGCCGCGUGUCUUCCCCCCGGGGGCGUCCCCUCAUCUUACCCUCUUUCCUUGGGAGCUCGGGAGGAGCAGGGCAAAUGGCAUGCCUGCCCAGCUGCCCAAGUCCUGAGAAUAACUUGGAAGAGGAACAAGUUCCCGACAGACGCGGCUUUGAGGGGGUGGGGGCUCCUCCCGCACCCCGCCAUCUGCUGCAGAGCCAGGGGCUGUGUGCACCUGGGAUCGGGCGACGCCCUGGGACCUGGCCACCCGCAGCGUGGCCCCAAAAGUCUCCCUCUUUUGCCUCUGUGGACAGGAUAUUAGGACAGAGGGACAGAGGGGGACAGAGGCGCGACCCGCUUCAGCCUCCCUGGGUCCGGUGUCUGAGAGGAAGGAGAGCCCGAGUCCCCGGCGAUGAUGCUGUCUAAGAAGUACAGGAGGAAGGAGUGGAAGGGCCCUGGGGAGCCCUCAGAGAGGGCGCGCGAGCAGAUGGCCGAGACGGAGCUCCGCAAGGUGCGGCAGCAGUUUCGGAAGAUGGUGCAGAGCCGAAAGUCCUUCAACUUCCGCAGCCAGCAGAAGGUGGCCAGUCAGCAGAAGGAAAUCCAGAGUCUGAAAGCAGAACACGAGGAACUCAUGCUGGUGCUGAGUCUCCUCAAGUCCUCGAAAAAUGUCCACCUAAACCAGAAAAACUACGUGGAGCUGCGCUUCCUGAUGCAGACCAAGCAGGACUAUGAGACCCUGAUCAGCUCCAUGAAGAUGCUGCUGGCUGAACUGGACGACAAGAUUGUUCAGAUGGAAAAGAAAAUCACAAACCAAAAACAGAUCUUCAUGAAAAUACAAGAGUCUAAUAGCCCCCAGAAACUGCAAAAACAGAUCCAAGUUUUGGAAAUGCGUCUGAAUUUCGUCACAGUUCACUUUGACAAGAUGAUGAGCGCCAACACCAGGAUCCGGGAGGAGAUUGACACGCUUCGCUUUGAGAAGGCGGCCUAUGACAACGUCUACCAGCAGCUGCACAAGCGCUUGCUCACACAGAAGAAGACCAUGAACAUGGCCAUCGAGCAAUCUGCGCAGGCGUACAGACAGAGGGUGGAGGCGAUGGCACGGACGACCGCCAUGAAGGAGCGCCAGCAGAAGGACAUCUCACAGUACAACCUGGAGAUCCGAGAGCUGGAGCGCGUGUACGACCACGAGAGCAAGCUCAAGUCAUUCCUGCUCUUCAAGCUCAACGACCGCUCUGAAUUCGAGGAGCAGGCCAAACAGGAGGAAGCUCUCAAGAUCAAGAAGCACGGCAAGCAGAGCAAGGGCGAGAGCUUCGAGAGCUACGAGGUGGCGCACCUGCGCCUGCUCAAGUUCACCUCGAAUGGCGACCUCAACCAGCUCAUCGAGGACUUCGUGGCCAAGGAGGAGAAGAACUUCGCUCGGUUCACUUACCUCACGGAGCUCAACAACGACAUGGAGAUGGUGCAGAAGAAGACGCAGCAGAUCCAGGACGCCAUCAUCCAACUGCGGUCUCAGCAGCAGAUAGACCAGGAUGACAGCCAGCUGGCGCUGAAGCAGAUGGAGGAGAAGGUGAAGGUGGCCACGGAGAAGGCGGAACUGUGCGAGGCCCGGCAAGGGGAGCUGAGCGGCAUGCUGAGCCAACUCAAGGGCUCCCUGGAGAAGCUCUUCCAGAGGAUUGGCUGCGACAACACCGAGAUCCAGGGCCACCUGGGCGAGAUGGGCACCAUCUCCGACCUCAACCUCCCCAAGUACUUAGCCAUGAUAGAGAAGAGAACCAAUGAGCUGCUGCUGCUCGAGGCACAGCGGCGGGCGAAGUACGCCCCGAGGGCGGACGUCCCCGGGGGCUUCGUGAACCCCUUCUGGGGUGGCUCGGCACUGCUCAAGCCCCCCGAGCCCGUGAAGGUGACCCCCCCGGCGAUGGGCUUCGACCCCCUCAUAGACAAGCUGGACGAAGCGGAUCGGCCACUGGAGCACAGUGCGCUGCGGCAGCUGGUGCUGGAGAGCAGCGGCAGCAUGCGGGACAGCAGCAGCAGCCGCGAGGCCCGGCGGGACACGCGGGACCACGACAAGGCCAAGAAGGGGGGCCUCUGA